AUGAAUUCGAGUCCAAGGGAGAUACGAGUUGGGGCCUUGAAGAUGGAAGGUGUGUUGGACUUUGACACGAUCGACAUGGAACUAGAUGAAGACCUUCUAAAGAAACAGAGUAGGAGAUGUAGAGAUGAGUUCUUGAACUCACCGUCUCUUGACGAUGAAGAUGAAGACUUCAUAAUCCCAUUAUUCGAGAAUGUUGAAGAUGAUGAAGCACCCGUGGAAGAAGAACCUUUGGAUGACGAACAGGAGGAGGAAGAAAAUGUAGAUGAAGUUGUGGAUGAAGAGGAAAAUGAUAGUGAAGCUCAAUUUAAAUAUUCCACACAUGAUCCAAAUGUGAAAUGGAAUAGAAUGAAACCUCAAGAAGAAGAAAGGUAUGAAUCUCCACAGUAA